CAGUCGACGGCGACAUUUGUCAGAGUUCAGUCGCAGGCACGCGAGUCGUCGUCAACCAGAGCAACGAUUAACCGUUAGACAUAGACACACACACACAUACGCACAAAUAGAGAUUCUAUAUACUAGCUAUACGAAAUGAAACUCGCAAUACUCGACUGUGACGGUGGUAGCGACGAUGCUUGGGCCUUGCUCCUACUCCUACGCGCCGAGCAAUGUGGUCAGGUGCGUCUGCUGGCCGUGACAACCACAGGUUGUGGCAACACGACGCGGGAGCAUGCGGCGCGCAACAUGAGGCGUAUACUCAAUGCCUGUAAGAGAAGUGAUGUACCGAUUUAUCUGGGCGCUGUCGAACCUCUCAUAGGUUUUGUUGAUGCAGACAAGAAAUUUUUCCAUGGCAUCGAUGGCUUCGGCGACUGUCUGAAUCCUGGCGAAUACUCUCCUGCUGAGCCGGUGGACAGCUUUGUGCAGCAUGAACAUGCCGUGACCAUCAUACAUAAUCUCUGCAUGAAGUACUCCAAGCAGAUAACUAUAGUAGCCGUGGGACCAAUGACAAAUCUAGCAUUGGGCUAUACCAUGUAUGGUCCGGAGUUUGGUAAACAUAUCAAGGAUAUUUACAUGAUGGGCGGCAACUAUCAGGGCGUGGGCAAUUCUUCACGUGCCGCUGAAUUUAACUUCCACUCGGAUCCAGAAGCUGCGUAUGCUGUGCUGCUAAAAACCCACUGCCCCAUAACCAUACUACCAUGGGAGCCCUGCACCAGCGAGCGCUUCAACAUACCCACUGGCUGGCGUCUAACGGACUUUGCUGAGACGGAAGCUGCUCAGCAACAUCUCGCCAUCAAUAUGCUCACAAAGGUGGAGAGCGCACAGUGGUUGCCAGCUGGGUUUGAGACCUGGAAUCCCUGUGACGCUUUGGCUGUGGCUGCCUGGCUAUGGCCUAAAAGAUUUAUAAAGCAACAGAGCUUGUGGCAUGCCACAGUCGAUCUAACGGGCACACAUACACGUGGCCAAAUGGUGUUGGAUCAUUUACGUGAGCGUGAAAAGUUUCCGGAGAAUGUGCAUAUCAUUGAGCUGGUGGAUGAUAAAUUCUUCAAAGAGAUUGUCGAGUGGGUCGCCAAUUGGCGCGACGACACUUUUCUAUUAGACGCAUAAUAAAACCCAUUUAAGACAUUUUCGUAAAUUAUACCCUAUACACUACACUUUUAUAACAUAAUCAUUUUAUAAUGGGUAUGAUGAAAGAUUAAACUUUCGCUGUUUAUGUUAGCCUUGAAUCAGCAAGUGCAAGAUAAAAAGCCCUAUUUGGCUGCUAACUGGU